AUAAAAAAACGUAAACAUUCAUUACCACGUGCGUUUGGUACGACGGCUUCAUCUAUUUGUGCAGUUUUCGGUGGAUAUUAUUGAAAAAAAAACACGAACCAGAAGACUUCGACUACUACGAAAUGGUGUUUUUCAUCUGUAAUCACUGUGGAGAGUCACUGAAAAAGCAAGUUGUACUUAAUCAUUCCUGGCGUUGCAAACGUGAUAUUAACGUAUCGUGUAUGGACUGCCAGAAAGACUUUAUUGGUCAAGCGUACGAUGCGCACACUGUCUGCAUAAGCGAAGCGGAAAAAUAUUCCGCCAAAGGUUAUGUACCAAAGUUAGCCAAAGGUGCCCAGAAGCAGGAAUCAUGGCUCAAUAACGUACGAUCGAUACCAGAACGGAAUAAGAAUCUGUCGCCGGGUGUUAAGAAGGUGUUUGAGGUCAUCAUGCGAAACGAUAACAUACCGCGCAAAAAGCCAGCAUUUUUGAAUUUCUUUAAAAAUUCGAACCGAAGCCUUAACACGAAGGAUUUAGAAACGACUUGGUCCCUCAUAGAGGAGCAGGCUGCCAAUGAAAAGCAAACGUCUGUCCAAACAACUAACCAGAAAAAGGAGGAAGAUGUACCGACUAAGAAUGGUGAGACUGGGCCCGUGAAAAAUGAUGAAAAGAUACGCGCAAUGGAGUACAAAGACACAUCGGUAAAGCAGAAGAAAAUUAAAACAAAACAAUCUCCCGAGAAUGAUGCAGCCCCUCUACCGAAGAAGCAAAAGAUGUCAAAAAAUGUCCCAGAGCAGAAUACCGAAGAGGAAGAACCGUCACCCACUAAACAGAAAAAACGGAAGACAAAAGACACAUCCGAAAAUGGUCAAAAAGAGGAAGAACCAAAUCCCAGCGAACAGAAAAAGUGCAAAACGUAUUCUUCACAAAACGGUACCGAAAAUGGGACGGCUACACUAAUGAUCGAGACGCAGGAGUCUACCAAAACUGACACCAAUGCUGAAGAACAGGAACGAACCGGAUGCAAGGAAAAAUUCAAUUUAAGCGAAACUAUUCGUCAAUAUCUUGUUUCGCGAAACAACCAAAUGAACCUGUCCAAGUUAAAGAAGAAAGUUAUGAAACGGUACCAACAAGCGUCCGGUGAAGAAGUUGAUGAAAAGUUCGAAAAGAAGUUUCAGAAGAAAAUAGCGAAAAGUGGCUUUGUGGUGGAAAAUAACGUAAUACGAUUGGUAGAAGCUUAAGAGAAAUGAAAUCAUAACCCAUAUUACAUGCAUAUGUACGUGUUGUCAUACGUAAAACAAAAAUACUUUUUUGAUUUAUGUUCAAUUCAAUACACAGCCGAAAAAUUUCAAUCGCAACCCGUCUAACCAACCAUCUUGUACGAUCGCACAUUCCGUUCAUUCCGUUUCGGUAAAAAUCAUUGGAUAGUAAGCGGAUCGAUUCAUAUCGUGCGGGCAGUUCGAUGGUGUUCCACUGCUCCGAUCGUCAGUAUUGUUCGUUUUGAGGGGUGAUUCUUCCGAAGCAAGUAGCUGAAGCCCUGCUGGAUCCAGCACUUGUGCUGAGCGAUUGGCUCUGUUGUUUCGGAUGCAAUAAGAAGAAAUGUCAAAAUGACAUUCAAAUAGGUAGAAAUGUCAAACAGGUUAUGAUCAAACAUAAACAUUGAUUGCACGUGCGUUUGGUACGACGGCUUCAUCUGUUUGUGCAGUUUUCGGUGGAUAUAUUACGGUGGAAAAGAAACGAAACGAAAGCCAUCAACUACCGCAAAAUGGUGGUCUAUUUUUGUGAUCACAUUGGACCUUUGAUAAGAGCGGAUUUAGCAGAAAAUUAUCAAUCUAGUGACAAACCUGACAUUAACGUAUCGUGCAAGGACUGCGCAAAAAAGAACUCAGUGGGUGUAACGUAUCAUGCUGCUGUAAAGAUGGAACAAAUAUCAGACAUCGCAAAUUUGGACGUAGGAACGGCUUGGAACCUCAUAGAUCAGGAAUAUGGUGACCAAAAACAAUCGUCGGUCCAAACAAACGGUCGAAGAAAGAAUGGCACAACUGGAAAGAAUCUCUUUCCAGCAAGCGGUAACACGAAGUGGCGGAAGCACUUUCCAGCUAACGGUAACACGAAGCGGAAUAAUCACUUUCUAGUAAGCAGUAACACGAAGUGGCAGAAUCACUUUUCAGCAAACGGUAACACGAAGUGGCAGAAUCACUUUCCAGCUAACGGUAAAACGAAGCUUCAGAAUCCUUUUCCAGCAAGCAGUAACACGAAGUGGCAGAAUCACUUUCCAGCUAAGAAUGGCACAACUGGAAAGAAUCAUUUUCCACCAAGCGGUAACACGAAGCGGAAUAAUCACUUUCCAGCAAGCGGUAACACGAAGCGGAAUAAUCUUUUUCCACCAAGCAGUAACACGAAGUGGCAGAAUCACUUUCCAGCUAACGGUAACACGAAGUGGAAGAUUCACUUUCCAGCAAACGGUGUCACAAAGAAUCUUUCAGCAAGCGCAAAGCAAGCAAAACAAAAACGUCUUAUCGAAAUGGAAGAUAAAAUGAAACGGCUUCACUAGCGAACAAAACAAAAGAAGCUAACAGACUGGUACUAACGCUGAAGAACAGUAACAAAACGGAAGUGAGGAAAAUUUCAAUUUCACCAAAUUCUUGUUUCGUGAAACAACAAAUGAAGUUGUUCGAGUUUAAGAGAGUUGUGAAACGGUACCAACAAGCGUCCGGCGAAGAAGUUUCAGAAAAAAGCGAUGAAUGGGUUUUUUGAUGAAGAAUAAUAUAAUACGGUUGAAAGAAGCUUAAAAGAAAUAUAAUCUUAACACAUAUUACA